AAAAAGAGAAUGAGCUGCUGCUCGCCGAGUUAAUGAUUCCACCGUCGUGAUCCGACUGUAUAUUUCUCUAUAUAUGUUCUUUUCUACAAAGGGUCAUGAGAGAAAUGUCAACUUCUAAUAAUAAUUUGCUUGGUGGGCAGCAGCCACAGAAGCAUUAUGGCAUUACAUCCUCAAUCAGCCUGGCCUUUCCUCGGGAAAUUGACCACAUUUACACUCAGAAGCUUACGGAGGCCAUGAAACCUUUCGGAGUGUUUGAGGAUGAAGAUGAGCUUAAUCACAGACUUGCUGUUCUUGGUAAACUUAAUUCCUUUGUGAAAGAGUGGAUAGCAGAGAUAAGUGAAACGAAGAAUCUGCCACUUUCAGCUGUAAUGAAUGUUGGGGGCAAAAUCUUCACCUUUGGGUCCUAUAGACUUGGAGUGCACACGAAAGGUGCUGAUAUCGAUGCCUUGUGUGUAGCCCCUCGACAUGUCGAGAGAAGCGACUUUUUCACAUCUUUCUUUGAAAAGCUUAAACAGCAUGAAGAGAUCAAGGACCUCAGAGCUGUAGAAGAUGCAUUCGUACCUGUAAUCAAAUUCAAGUUUGAUGGGAUUGAGAUUGAUCUUCUUUUUGCAAGACUAGCCCUGCAGUCCAUUCCUGAUAACCUGGACCUCAGGGGAGACUCUCUUCUCAGAAACUUGGACAUCAGAUGUAUUCGCAGUUUAAACGGUUGCCGUGUCACUGAUGAGAUCCUGUACUUGGUUCCCAACAAAGAGAACUUUAGACUUACUCUUAGAGCCAUCAAACUGUGGGCUAAACGUCGUGGGAUCUACUCCAACAUGCUUGGCUUCCUUGGUGGAGUGUCUUGGGCCAUGCUUGUAGCUAGAACGUGUCAACUUUAUCCAAACGCUGUUGCUGCCACACUUGUGCACAAAUUCUUCCUUGUUUUCUCCAAAUGGGAGUGGCCAAACCCUGUUCUUUUAAAACAGCCUGAAGACAGUAACUUGAAUCUGCCAGUCUGGGACCCACGGGUAAAUCCUUCGGACAGAUACCAUUUAAUGCCGAUCAUCACACCUGCAUAUCCUCAACAAAAUUCUACCUACAACGUCUCCACCUCAACUCGCACCAUUAUGAGCGAGGAGUUCAAAUAUGGACUCAAGGUUACAGAUGAAAUCCUUCAGGGUAAAGCCGACUGGUCCAAGUUGUUUGAGCCGCCAAAUUUUUUUCAGAAGUACAAGCAUUAUAUUGUGCUCACUGCCAGCGCAUCAACAGAGGAGAACCACUUAGAAUGGGUGGGGCUGGUGGAGUCUAAGAUUAGAGUUCUGGUUGGCAAUUUGGAGAGAAAUGAAUACAUCACUCUUGCUCAUGUGAACCCACAGUCCUUCCCCUGGUCAAAGGAGAACCGUAAUGACAAUGAAUUUGUUUCUAUGUGGUUUAUUGGAAUCAUCUUCAAAAAGCUGGAGAACACCGACUGUGUAAACAUUGAUCUCACUUAUGACAUUCAGUCCUUUACAGACACUGUCUAUAGACAAGCCAGCAACAUCAAUAUGCUGAAAGAUGGAAUGACUAUUGAAGCGACACACGUGAGGAAAAAGCAGUUACACCAGUACCUGCCUGCUGAUCUUGUACACAGAGGCAAGAAAAAGAGCCUGGGAGAUCUGAAUCGCAGUUCUAAUAGCAGUGGGUCUAAACGCUGUUCACUGGAUGGCAGUCAGCUGGACAGUUCCAGAGACACAGAUUCAGGCACACCAUUCAGCUCUCCCACUCCAACCAGCAAAGGCAGCAAGCUGGUUUCCACUCCAGAGGACAGCAUCACCCCACCCAAGCCUCCAGUUUCACUCUAUGUGGACAGCUCUCCAGUCUCUGAUUCCUCUUUACCAAACCAAGAACAAGGAAUGUCCAUACCAGUCAUUGGAGGAAAGACAACUGCUACCCUAGUGGUGAAGACUGCUGCACCUGCCACAGGUAGCACAAUUCCUACAGUGGUGGGUCGAAACGUCAUGCCUUGUACAAGCUCGCCUAACAGCAGUUCACCUGACCUCUCCAACGGACUCAAUGGAGCUCCAAAAAGACCUCCUUCACCCUCACCGGAGGAGCCAGCCAAGAAACUUAAAGAUAACGAGCAGGUUUUCUCUGAUGAUUCUGCAUUUAAAGAACCAUACCCACCUUCCACCAAUGGACUGGAUAACGGGGAUGCCGUUGCAGUGGAUGAGGGUCAUACAACUUCAAAGCCCAUGCCCAUUCCAACUAUUGACACAUCAAGGACACAACGACUGCCCAGCAAAGAACUGCCAGAUGCUUCUUCGCCAGUUCCUACAAGCAACCUACGUGUUAUUAAGAACUCAAUCAGACUAACUCUUAAUCGAUAGCAGCAAGUCUCUGGUGGGUAACGCUUACUGUGGCAGCCAUUCAAGAUUUUUCUCCAGCUUUUCUCCCUCUUAAUUUAACCCUGUUCAGCUAGUCUGGUUAGAUGCUACUUGUAAGCCAGACUAAUGUGAAUAAUAAGUGCUUUUAAAUUCAGGCUGCCACAGACACUUCUCUGAUGUUCCACUGAUGACAUCCAGUAUUAUCUAUUAGACUCUUGAUUUGUUUUAUACUGCCUCAAAGUGUCAAGAGUGAAAUGUAGACGUAUCGGAGUGCAUUCAGAAACGAAACUUGUACAGUAGAUGUAGUUUGUACAUAAUGUCUUUAAAUCAUUGUUAAUCUUUGUAUACCGUUCUAAUUUACUUUUACUUAGGAAAAAAAAAAGAAAAAAAAUUGUCUUGUUUGUGUAAGAAAAAGGGAAAAAAUCAAAUGUUUUGUCAAAUGUUUUUUCAUUCAGUCGUUUUGCUAUAUCUGAGGUCCAGGAUAGGGUUCAAAUAAGAACUUUUUCAAGAAAAGAGAAGUAUGAGUGUUGCUUGCCGUGUCCUGAACAUGACCUAUUUACUGAUAUCAACCCACUGACCCAUUACUGAUGCAUUUACCGUACCUGCACCAAAGUGGGAUGACUGUGGUCAGAUAUGGUUUGUAGAGCCUUGGUUACAGAGCAGAUCAUUCGAGGCACGUGUUCUCUUGAAAUGCUUUCUAAUUAGGCAGAAUGAGCUGAGUGGUGUGUGAAUAUGUGCGAGUGAAGGAUUAUUCCCUGACUUUAGGGUUUCACCCCUGCGCCUCCCAUGGAGGUUUCUUUGGCAGCAGCAUCUUAAUUUCAGUGUGAACAAAAUAGACAAGUAGAGAAAUUUUCUUAAAAUUGCCUUUUUUGGUUUUUUUUCUUUUGGUUUUUUUUUUUCUCCCUUUUACAGAACACUGCUCUCCAAUGUAUAUGUACAGAGAAAGUAUUAAAAUGGCUUACUGUUCAUUAUGGGGUUUCUCACAUUUUUAUUUAUUUCAUUUGUACCAUGCACCAUUUAUAUAAAGUGCUACGAUUGGGGAUUCACACACACAGUUUUGAUUUGUUUAAUACAACUUCUGCUUUUUCAGCAUUUCAUUUUCUCCAUUUCAUUUUCUAGGUCAGAACUUCAAAAACAUAUUUUUGUAUAUAAUGUAUUCUGCCUCAUUGAAACAGAUUAUAAAAACCAAAA